CCGAGGCUCCGCUUCCGCCCGGUUGCCAGAGCGACGGGUACACAGUACAGCCCUGCGCGGGCGCGCAGCCUGCCGCGCCGCCGACAUGAGCCAGAGGCAGGUUCUGCAAGUUUUCGAGCAGUACCAACGAGCCCGGGCGCAGUUCGUGCAGGCGGUGGCCGAGUUCGCCGCCCGGCCGCAGAACAUCGAGACCCUCCAAAGCGCAGGUGUAAUAUCUUUGCUGAGACCUCUUUUGCUGGAUAGUGUCCCAACUGUUCAACAUACUGCUGCUUUGGCUCUUGGGAGACUUGCCAAUUAUAACGAUGACCUGGCAGAGGCAGUUGUGAAGGAAGACAUUCUUCCACAGCUCAUGUAUUCAUUGUCUGAACAGAAUCGUUUCUACAAGAAAGCAGCUGCAUUUGUGCUAAGAGCAGUUGGUAAACAUUCUCCACAGCUAGCUCAGGCAAUAGUUCAGUGUGGAGCACUGGAAAUGCUUGUGAUUUGCUUGGAAGAUUUUGACCCUGGAGUCAAAGAAGCUGCAUCAUGGGCACUUGGGUAUAUUGCCCGACACAAUUCAGAACUGUCACAAGCUGUGGUGGAUUCGGGAGCUGUUCCUCUUUUAGUGCUCUGUAUCCAGGAGCCAGAAAUUGCUUUGAAAAGGAUUGCUGCUUCAACUCUCAGUGAUAUUUCAAAGCAUUCUCCAGAGUUAGCCCAGACAGUAGUGGAUGCAGGAGCUAUCGCUCACUUAGCUCAGAUGAUCCUGAACCCUGAUGCUAAACUGAAGCGUCAGGUGCUGUCAGCUCUAAGCCAAAUAGCAAAGCAUUCAGUGGAUCUUGCAGAGUUGGUGGUUGAAGCAGAAAUUUUCCCAGUUGUGCUCACAUGCCUGAAGGAUUCAGAUGAAUAUGCCAAGAAAAAUGGUGCAACUUUAAUUAGAGAGAUAGCAAAGCAUUCGCCUGAGCUUUCACAGCUUAUUGUAAAUUCAGGUGGAGUUGCUGCUGUGAUUGAUUGUAUUGGCAGCUGCAGAGGGACUGUCAGACUGCCUAGCAUCAUGGUGCUUGGUUACGUAGCAGCUCAUUCGGAGAACCUGUCAAUGGCAGUGAUUAUCUCCAAGGGAAUACCACCACUCUGUGCCUGCUUGAUAGAAGAAGAUGAAGAUCAUAUUAAGGCAGCAGCUGCUUGGGCCUUGGGACAGAUUGGAAGACAUACUCCUGAGCAUGCCCGUGCUGUUGCAGUAACAAAUGUACUACCCACACUGCUUGCUAUGUAUAUGGACACACACAGUUCAGAAGAUCUUCAAAUAAAAACUAAAAAAGCCUUAAAGAGCAUCCUUCAGAAAUGCAUGUACCUUCCAGCACUUGAACCAUUGCUGCAUGAUGCCCCUCUCAAUAUUAUGAAACAUAUCAUUGGGCAGUUUAGUAAGGUGUUACCACAUGACAGUCAAGCACGUCGUCUCUUUGUAACAACUGGUGGACUUAAAAAGGUUCAAGAAAUAAAAGCAGAACCUGGGUCAGUUCUUCAAGAAUAUAUCAACAUUAUUAACAGUUGCUAUCCAGAGGAAAUAGUAAGGUAUUAUUCCCCUGGAUAUUCUGAGAUACUUCUGGAAAGGGUGGAAAAUUACCAACCAGUUUUAUAAACUUCAUUUUUUUAUUAGAGCUGUAUUUCACAUUUAUUCCUCUAUGACUGUAAUACAAAUACAGCUGUUGAAACUCGUUUGAUUCUGAAAUCUCCUUCUACUGUUUGAACUACUGAAAGAGCUCGGCAAUCCAGUGAGCUAUAUUUUGUUCCUUAUAAACUUGUUUAUUGCUAAGUUUUUGUUCCUUUUGAUUUAUCUAGUAUUACUACCAGAUAUUGCAACAUAUAUGAAUAGAAUUUGACGCAGGGGUGAUGAUUUGUCACAGAAGCUUUUUUAGAAUCAGUCAUUUCCUUUUCCUUUCAGAAGAAAGGUUUGUUAUAAUCUCAUUCAAAUUGUAGCCUUCUCAGUACUGUAACCAUUUUCCCAUUUUGCCUUUGCAUAUUGUUUAGAACUUCCCAAGCUUGAUGAGGGGGAAAAACCUGACCCCUGUGCUUUUUCUAAUAAUGGAAUCCAUUCUGCAUCAAAAUAUCUCCUACCGCUACCUUUCAGAAAGUGAUGUGAUUUUGCAUCUGCAAACAUGUUAGCAGCUGCUAAAUAAAGAAAUAAGCUCAUAUGAUGAUGAUAGAAGGGCUGAAUGCUGCAUCAUGUGGCAGUGUGGUGGUCUUGUGGUGGCAUGGUGGAUAAUAUAUCAUCUAGAAAAGUCCUCAUAAUCAGGGCAGGAUUCACUGUGGGGGUUAGGAGCACUACACUGCUUGGUGUAUGCAUUAUUUUCCUUCUUGGAAAGAACUUGGUACUUCCAUGGCCACAAAAGGAAAGACUCUGGGAUCUUUGGCUCUAUUUGGGUCAGCAGCAAAUCUGUGUGUCUCAGAAGAGAGAAGAAUUGCUUGGCUGCAGGAAUGCUGUUAGCAAAGUUCUGAGCGUGUUCAGAGGAAACCUGAGGAUACUUGAGUCUCAUUAAUUUGAGUGAUGGGGGGACUAAGGCUGAUCUUUGUAUUUUUCUUGAAGAGAUGAAAUUGCUGCAGAAAUUAAUUGAAACACACUUGGAACUUAGUCUUAAAGUUGCAGAUCACAUCAGUGUUGAGGUUAUUUGAGGUAUGAGGUCUUGCCUGUCUGUUGAACAUCUUGGAAAUAUUUUUGCCUUCUUAUGUAGAUUGAAGAGACUUUUACAUUCUGCUUAUUCCUAUGGUGUACUGUAGCAUCACGGAGCAGCAUACAGCCCUUUAUUAUUCACUAACUCAUAACUGUUGUUCACCAUUUUUUGUUCUUCUAGCCAUUUUUCCUUUCCUUGGAUGCAGCAUUUUUUUUUUUGGUUUGUGGUGGUGGGGUUUUUUUUGGUUUUUUUUUGUUUUUUGUUUUUUUUCCCAAGGAGUAAUAAACAGUGUUUCUGGAAUGGGAUAUUGAAAUACUAGCAGCCACAAGGAAAGACAAUAUUUGAAAACCCCUGCAGGAGAGAAACUUGUCUACUUUCUUAAACAUACUAACUGAAUGAGUUUAUAAAACAGGGAUAGUCUCUUCUAUUACUCAUAAAACUUGAGUAAAGUCUUAUUGCAGUUGGAAAUGAUUUAGAGUGGCUUUUCUCUGCCAAAUUCCAAAUGGCUAUUUUCUUUUAUUCUUGUCAGCAUAUUUUUCAACAGUUCACAAAAACAUUGACGGGCUAUCUUGUGAUAAGGUUUAAUUCUGCUGAGGGCUCCUGCUGUGAGAUACUUGUUACUCCAAGAGUCCACUCUUCAGGAAGAGCAGGGAGUGCACGGUACCUUGCUUUAUGGAGCUUUACUGAGAUGGAAACUGUUGGUGUCAUGAAUGCUGUUAUAGAAACCACACCAGCUGGGUUCUUUCCUUAGCCCACAUCAGAGUGAAAAGUCUUGGAACAGACUAGCUUCUACCAAAUGCCUUUUCAUUUUUGGUGUUUAUUAAUGCUAGGACACUAGUGGAAAACAUUAGGCCUGUUAAAAAGGUUGUUGUAAUACUCAAUUAUUUUCUCACACGCGUUACGAUUAUUUAAAAAUCAAAUCUUGUACAAUCACUAAAAGAAAACAUAACAGAAGGGCUUCCAGGCAGUCUUGAAGCCUUUAUUUUCUGUAACAGAACAGAAAUGUUGCAGCAGGCUGCAUGCAGUUGCAGUGCAGAUGGGAGGCAGGGUAGGCAUGGAGCUGCAUACCCAUAGCUGCAUCAUGUGCUCAGGAGCACACCCACAGCACACAAUGCUAAUGUAUAUGUUUUGUGCAGAGAGAGCAAAGAGGCUUCAGUCCUCUGACAAAUGUGCUCCUGCUGUGUCACACUGUGCUACACUGUAAGGAUUCCACAGGGUUAAAUUUCAAUGCCUAAACAAUUUGUUCACAGUCUUUUCACAGUCUUUUUCUGGUUCCUGACAAAGGAAAUGAUUGCACAAGGCAAACCUUCAAAGCUACCUGAUUGUGCAGAGCACAAUCUAAAUCAGACCUAGCAUAAAUACAUCCUUCCAGCAGCUAGGCAGUUCUGUCUUAGGCCAGUGGUUGGUUGGCCGGCCUUGUGUUACAGGAUUCUCCUGGAUGAUGCCACAUCCCGUUAGACUGUGGCAGUGCAAAAUCCUACCCAUACACUCGGUGACCCCUUCAGUGCUCCUCAGCUGGCAGGCUGCUUCCCUGAACUCUGUGUACACCUUGUGGUUGGAGGCUUCCCUGUGGGUACACAUCUGCACAAGGCAGAUUUAGCCCUUUACAGCAGAAAAAUCUCUAAUUUGUAUUUUAGGCUUUACAUCACCUGCUUUCCUGUAGUGUUUCACAAGCUCUGAUGUACAGUGUUUCUAUGUCAUCCUCUCAUUUGGCUGAAGUCAUCAUCUAAAAGUGUAUUAAUGUUAGUAAUUGCUACUCUGGCAGGCUUCAAGUAUGUAUAAUUUGUCUUAAUUUCAUAGAAUAAAAUGUAGAUUUGCAUUUUAA